GCAAACUGCACCCAGUUCCAUGAGAUGUAUACUUGGUGAAACUGAAUACCUACCCAACUCACAAUUUAAGCAGGUCUUACUACAGCCGUCCACACUUUCACUGCUGGCGCUAAAACGCCUGCCGGUCCCCAUGUGUUGAACAUGCGUGAACCACAGGUUUGACCCAUUCCGCUCAUCAAGCCAUGUCGCUCGCCCUCAAGUUCACAUCGCUGGCUAUUCGGACCCUGUCCAAGCCCAUUGCUAAUUUCAUCAAAAGGCAAGCACGCGAACAUGAGGGCUUCAAAAACACCUGCAUCUCCUUUGCACAGGCACUCCAUAGAGUUGACAUGAGAUGGAGAAUUGGCUUGCUACAAGAUGCUGCGGCGAUAGAGAAACAAGCUGCAAGAGAGGCAGCGGCCGAAUCAGCCAAGAAACACAAACAUAGCUUUCCUACAGUCAAGACAGAGGCUCAAACAAAAGCUGAGGAGGAGGCAGCAGCCAAAGUUGCGAAAGAGGAGGCUGAACCUCCGAAGCCACGAAGCAAACCUAGAAUCCGGCCUUUGUCAGAAGCCAAGGCUAUUGAAUCAGGUGCCACCUUCAUCAGCGAGACCUUUCUCUUCGGCGUGGCUGCCGGGUUGCUGUUGUUCGAAGCGUGGCGAAGCCGGCGGAAAGAUGCCAAUCGACGUGACGAUGUCGCCGAACGACUGGCUGAACUCGAAGAGUCCGAGAAUGCGGCUCGUCGUGCUUUGAUCGUGUUGGAACGCGAGGUCUUGCGGUUAAGAGCAAAAGAAAAGAACGGCAAACCAGGCUCACAACCAGUUCGAAUAUUACCUGAAGAGAUCUACGAGGAGAAGGAUGACGAAAAGGACACGGCCCCCAAGGGUCUCUUUGCUCGGAUAUCGUCCUGGUACUCCUCCCAAACCGAAGACCAGGAAACCAGAGAAGCUAAAGAAGCAUUGGCGGAAGACAAGCCAGGGCCUGCAGAAAAGAUUUUGGUUGAAUCUGACAAGGCUCUAGAGGAGAAACGCAAAAGGCAACAAGCGUUACAGGCUGCAGCGGAAGGAAAAGAGGAUCCAGUUGUGCAGAAGAAAUCGCAGUCGGCGAGCCUGCGAUCUGCAUCAGAGGAGGGUAAGAACACGUCUACCAACAAGUAGCGCCUGCCUUGCAGAGGCUCUGGGGUUCGUUGUCCUUUUGCUCCUCCACGGCCACAACCAGCAGCAGCAGCAAUUCGAACUCUCUACUCUCGACAUUCUGUACAUUUGUCGUAACAUAUUCAAGAUACCCUACUCCAAUGUCGAAUAUCAGACUUGCAC